AUGAAGCGAGGAAGAGAGGAAGAGAAUAAAAACGGCGCCUCGGCGCGAAAGAAUGCGCUGGGCGCGACAAUUAUUACCACUAAUUAUUCCGAUGAGAGAAGACGUUUCGAGUUUGAAAGCAAGAUGAAAGAGUUGAACGCAAAAUUUCUCGAGGCGUUCACUCGAUCGGUAAGGGAUCACCCGCGCGCGAUAAAGAACAAUCUCAUGCGUCAGUACUUGCAAUUCGUGAAGAAGCUCGGAGAAGAAUACGCCGACGUUAUCGCAUCUUCCACAGAAGGAGCUCGAAAAGAAGUGAGUGGAGGUGGACUUUGGAUUUUUGGUUCCAACGGAGACUCUGGCCAGUUUGGGUUUGGCUCCGACGCGAGCACGGGAGAACUCAUCGACGAACUCCUUCGACCGCGAGUGCUACAAAAAGGUAGCAUUCUAGGUAGCCCCGCGAAUACGAAAGUGAUUAAAAUCGCAUGCGGUGGUCAGCAAACGUUUGCCAUUCUAGAAACGGGACGAGUUUUAUCUUGGGGAGCAAACGACUCCGGUGCGCUGGGUCGACCAACAUCACCGCCAGAGAACGAAGAUGAAGACGAUGAAUCUUGGUUACCAGGGUAUGUCAAUCUUAAGCAAAAUACUAAAGCUGUAUCGGUCUGUGCGGGAGAUACGCACGCUUUAGUCGUUGCGAGUGAUGGGACUGUAUACGGAUGGGGUCAGUGGCGGCAUCAAAACGGUCAGUGGCGAGGCCUGAACAAACUAAAAGUUUCGGACACUCAGACGUUUUACAACCCGGUGGAAAUUUUGAACAAAAAAUACAGAGCGAAAUGCAUUCAAAGCGGCGAAAAUCACGCGUGCAUUUUGACCGAAAACGGCGAGGUGUACACCAUGGGAUGUUCGGAAAAAGGCCGUCUCGGACGAAUUGAAAAAACCGGCGUCGGAGCGGCGUACGCGGAUGACAAUCAAAAAGCGGACAGGGAGAAUAACGAGUCGUACGUGAAUGAUCUCUUAACCCCGGGGCGUGUUUUGAUAAAUAAUAGGAAAGAUCUGAAAGUCAAGGCGAUUGCUACCGGUGAAUUGCACGGGCAUUUAAUCCUGGAAAACGGUGACGUGUAUAGCAUCGGUUUAUCCUCCUUCGGACAGGGUGGCUUUUUUGACGACGGCGUGAUAGAAAGCGAACAAGUCGCGUGGCUACCUCGCAAAAUCCCAUCGCUUUCCGGCAAAGGCAUUAUUGCAGGAGCAGGCGGUGGUUUUCAUUCUUUGUUUCUCGCUAAAACGGGCAAAAUGUACGCCGUUGGCAAACGACACGAUGGCCGUUUAGGCGCUUUGGAGGAACGGCAAUGCAACGACGACCCGCAUCCGAAUCCUUUGGAAAUUUCCUCCUCUUUUUUUGGUAGAGAUUCAGUAAAAAUGGUAUAUGCGGGUUCAAACUCGUCCGGAGCGAUUACAAAUUCUGGAGAAAUAUACACGUGGGGUUCAAAUUUAGGCGCGCUCGGUCAAGGGCCCGAUAACAAGGACAUCUACCAACCGACGAAAGUGCCGAGAGUCAAAAGCGCUCCCGUAGGAAUUUCGUUUACAGAUAUGUCGAUUGGCGCGAGUCACGCUGGAGUCGUUGGCGUGAAUAAGACGGGGGAAAAUACUCCUCCCGCGAGGAAUACGAAGAAGCGCAGAUAUUAG